CCUCGCCCCGCGGCCUGGAGUCUUUGUCUGCUCUGCGCCCCUGGAGUUUCUGUGCCUCCACGGGCAUGAGCGGGGCGCGAAGGUCUGGGGGUGCCCCGAGGACGCACCGCGCAGUGAGCCUCCGGGCCCAAGAUGAGGAAAUUGAGGCACAGAGAUUAGCUAAUCUGAACCAGAUAAUGCCAUAAGUAGUAGAGCUGGGAUGCAAACUUGGACAGUCUGACUCGAGUCUGCACACUUAACUACUCCACUGUUCUGGCCUUCAACAAGUUCCAAAAGAUGAGUCGUGGAUAUUCAGAAAACAACAAUUUCCUGAACAAUAAUAACCAAAUGGUGUUGGACAUGAUCCUUUAUCCAUUAGUUGGAAUCCCUCAGACUAUCAACUGGGAAACUAUAGCAAGGCUCGUGCCUGGAUUAACACCGAAAGAGUGUGCAAAAAGGUUUGAUGAAUUAAAGAGCAGUGGAGGCUCACCUGUUGACAACCAGUAUAAUUCCCUCAUGGCUGCUGGAGAGAGUCCUGUUGAAACUUUAGCCACAUAUAUCAAAUCCUCACUUCUUGACAUACAUGGAGAAUUUCAGGAGACUCCAGUUGGUCAUGAUGCAGUUUCCAAAACAGGAAGACAUAGUAUAGCUUCUACAAGGAAUUGUUCUUCAGAAAGUGAAAAUUGUACUACUCAUAAUGGUGGAGAAAAGACUGAAGAAUCUGAAGGGCCAAACAUGGUGAUCCAUGUGUGUGAUGAAGCAAAAAACUUGAAAGAAGAUUUUACUUGCCCGCGAGAUCUUUUGAUAUCAGAAAUGAAGUACUUUGCUGAAUAUUUAUCUAUGGAUGCCCAGCGCUGGGAAGAGGUGGACAUUUCAGUUCAUUGUGACGUUCACAUUUUCAACUGGUUGAUAAAAUAUGUUAAAAGGAACACUGAGGAGAAUAAAGAUUGUGAGAUGCCCACUUUAGAGCCAGGAAAUGUCAUUUCAAUUCUUAUUUCUUCAGAGUUUUUAAAAAUGGAUUCACUGGUUGAACAGUGUAUUCAGUAUUGCCACAAAAAUAUGAAUGCCAUAGUAGCUACCCCAUGCAACAUGAACUGUAUUAAUGCAAAUCUUCUCACACGUAUAGCUGAUCUGUUCACACACAAUGAAGUUGAUGAUUUAAAGGACAAAAAAGAUAAAUUUAGAAGCAAACUUUUUUGUAAGAAGAUUGAAAGACUGUUUGAUCCUGAGUACUUGAAUCCAGAUUCUCGGAGUAAUGCAGCAACUUUGUAUAGAUGCUGUUUGUGUAAGAAACUUUUAACAAAAGAAACAGAAAGAAGAAUUCCUUGCAUUCCUGGAAAAAUCAAUGUGGAUCGACAUGGAAAUAUUGUCUAUAUUCACAUAAGAGAUAAGACAUGGGAUGUUCAUGAGUAUUUGAAUAGUCUUUUCGAAGAAUUAAAAUCUUGGAGAGAUGUAUACUGGCGAUUGUGGGGAACAAUCAACUGGCUGACUUGUUCAAGAUGUUAUCAGACCUUUCUCUGUAUUGAAUUUUCACAUUGUCAGUACCACUCAGAAACAGUGGUUUAUCCUACUGCAGCAAGUUCAUUGAAUUCUGUUGGCACUGGAAUUUAUCCCUGUUGUAACCAAAAGAUUCUUCGGUUUGAUCCUACUCAGCUUACAAAGUUCUUGUCAUUGAAAAACUGGACUCUACAACUGUGUCUUUUUCUUUCAAGUGAUGUUGGGGUUGGCCCCUGUGAUGAAAAGGGUAUAGAAUGUGAUGUUUUACUGGAGCCAAAUACACCAUGGGGUCCCAAAACUGGGGAGCUCAAUGCUAAACAACAGUCACUGUUUUCAGAAGAAGAAGAAUAUACCACUGGAUCUGAGGUCACUGAAGAUGAAGUUGGAGAUGAAGAAGAAGUAUCCAAAAAACAAAGGAAAAAGGAGAAGCCAAAGAAGUUCACUAGACAACCAAAAAAGCAGGUAUCUUCACCCUGUGCUCAGAGGAAAGAAAAGGCAUUGGAGAAGUCAGCUUCUAGAGAUGUGUCUCCUUUCGUUGUGAGUAUGCAGAAGAAUAAGUGGGAUGCCACAAGAUCCUUGAGAUUCAACCAGGAUGCACAGAGAGAAGAUGAUCAGCGGCGAAUGUCUGAAAUUACAGGGCAUCUAAUAAAAAUGAGAUUGGGGGAUCUGGACCGAGUCAAGUCAAAGGAAGCAAAAGAAUUUGCGGGAGGUAUUUAUUCCAGGUUGGAAGCACAAAUCAAAGCCUCGGUGCCAGUCAGCGCACGCCAAAGCAGCUCGGAGAAAAACACAAGGUCUAAAAGUCGUUUUGGUCAAGGGCGUCCUGCAUAA